AUUCGGAGGGAGCAGCCCUACGUGAUGCACUACUCACCAUUCACGUCCUUCUCUCACAUGUUGCUGCGAGCCAAGCAAAGGCUCGUGCCGCCCCCGCAGAGUGCCCGCGACCCGCAAGAUCUCAUCAUGCAACUCAGAGCUGUGGAGAGCGCUUCGCUUCACCACCAACUUCCCAAUCGCGUUGCACCGCCACACCUCUCUAUCCACUUGCCGGACCGCCGCGUUGGUCAUACCAUUCGACAUUAUUGCGCGUAUCGCUGCGUGACACCGUGCAUGCGGACUCCAUUCCAGCGCGCACCGGUGGACCUCCUCGCAGACACUGCCACCGGUGAAUAGCAAGAUGCUGAAGCUGAAAAUCGGAGCCGGCACCAAGGCCGCACAACAGGGCGGCGGCGCCAGUGGAAGCGGCGAUGGCGACAAGACACCACAGACACCUGGUGCGAGCACACCGGGCGGCGGCGGCAUCAAACUGAAGUUGAACUUCUCACAUCCUCCGACUCCCGUCGAACCAGGACCAUCGUCGCUCAACCCGCCGGCGAGCGCCCCGGCGGAGAAGAAGAAGCGCGCAUAUACCAAAAAGGCUACUGAUGGCGCGCCCAAAAGCAAGAAGCGCGCUCUGGAGGAUGACUCUGCCGCCCCGGCUGCCAAACGGAAAAUCUCCCUCAAAUUGGGAGGACUAGGAGGGCAAGGAGGUUCGGCAGCAGAGGCCUCAGCAUCGCCGAAAAUCACGCUGGGGCAGAAGAAGACAAAAGCUCAGCCGAGACUGGUCGACAUUCGCGCGCGUGGUAAGGUGCCACCGCGGCCGAAAGGUGUCGGAUACGAUUCUGAGGAUUCCGAGACCGAAAAGGACCCCGCUGUCCAGCAAGCAUUGAUCUUGCGCAUGCAGCCCGGACCAGACGCCGAAUACAUCAGGAAUGCGAUUGCCGAAGGCAGGAUUGGACCAUCUUCGAGCGGCGGUGAUGCGGAGGUCUCAAUCAAGUUCCUCGAGCGCAAUUACAGGCGCGCUUACAUCAAAGUGCAAGGCAGGAUGUACGGGGCAGUAUUGGUCGAUUUACCAUGCAUCGUUGAGUCGAUGAAGAGCUUUGACAAAAAGGGCUGGUGGAAGGUGGCAGACAUCGCACAGAUGUUGCUUGUGCUCGGGAGAUGCGACACAGAGGAGCAGGUGAAGACGAUGCCCCUUCCGAGAGAAGUGAAUAAGGAGAACUAUCAAUACGCACACGGAAUCACGCCGCCUAUGCAUUGGGCUCGGAAACGCCGCUUCCGGAAGAGGCUGAACUACAACGAGGCGAUGAAUGUCGAAGAAGAGGUUAACAGGCUUUUGCAGGCGGACAAGGAGUGGGAGGAACGGGGAGGCUCAGUCACAAGCGCGAGGAUUGGAGACCUCCAGCAACAGCAGCAGCAAGAGCAACACGAGGAUGUGGAAAUGGGGCAGGCAGACCAACAGAACGGGGGCUACUCAUUCGAAUUCGGCGAUGAAGAUGCGGAAGGGGAGGAUGCGAUAGAAACAGUCGAGCACGACGAUAUGGAGGAGGGCGAUCCAGAUCUUGAAGCAGGACUGCAGGCUAUGUUCGAUGAGAACGAAGACGAAGCCGACGCAUCGCAGCUGAUUUCCGACUCACCUGCGCCUAUUGCAGAUCAAGGGGCUUCUAUGGCCGCUGCUGCCAUGCAGUCAGAUAUCGAUGCUACUCCUGUGGGUACUCCAGCGGCCGAGCAAACGCAGGACGAGCAAUCAGACGACGAGGACGAAUCGGACGAGGAUGAGGAUUCUCCUGAUGUCGUGGACGAGGAUGCUGCAGCGAAGGCAGCAGAACGUGCCCAGCAGCUAGAGGAGGUUGCUGAUCUGGAACGUGAGGUGGAGCGGGCAAAAUACAAAGUCAACAGCAUGUCGAAUCAGCUGCUGCAACAACGCGAGAGGAAGAAGUUGGCGGCGCUGGAAGAAGAACUUGCCGUGAAGAAGCAGGUCUUUGGUUUGGAUAUGGAGGACUGAAAGUCAUGCCGCAUUGUCUGCAGCUAGAAACGCCUGUCAUUAUGCAAACGGCAUUAUGUGACAUGCCGUAAUGAAAAAGCACCCCGCGGACUUGCCGCGAGGGUAGAGUAUCACUUCCCGAACUGUGUUGCUCUUGUCGCCAA